GCUUGCUCCUCAAGACCGUUAUGCCACCUAUACCCUCUUCGUCUUCCUCAUCACGGUCUCAAAUGCCCGACCAUCUUACAGCAGGAACCGUUCGCCGGCGAGCUGCAAUUCAGAAUCAAGUCGACGACGACGUCGAAGAUCCCCUUGCAGUGUACGACCAAUAUGUUCAAUGGACCCUCUCCAACUACCCACCAGAGUUUAUCGGGCUCAGUGGAUUGCUCGAGACUCUGGAGGAGGCUACAAGGAAGUUUAAGGGAGAUGAAGCUAUCAAGGCCGAUCGACGUUACCUGAAGAUGUGGUUCCUCUACGGGUCUCUCGUCGACCGGCCCAGUGUCGUAUUCAAACAUUUGCUUACUCGAGGGAUUGGCCUUGGAUCUGCUCAGCUUUACCUGGAUUAUUCUCUGAUACUAGAAAGGGCUGGAAGACGAGACGCAGCGGACGAGGUCUACCGUGCUGGUAUUCAGCGCAAGGCACGGCCUGUCAGCAGCAUCAAGCAGCAAUACGAAGAGUUCAAGAAAAGGAGUACAUCCAAGCCUCCCACUAAACCUCCUGCCGCGACGCUUCGUCUUCCCAAGUCUCGAUGUACACCCGAAGCUGCUAUUCUUCGUCAAGAUCCCUUGAAAUACCAUGGCGCUGCCGAUGGGCACCACACCAGCACUACCGCUGCCUCGAACACGAAUGCCUCUGCUUCAUCAUCGUCAAAACCGAUACAGACCGUCCAUAUGAUCAGCUUACAAUCCGACAAAACCCUGAAGCCGGGUGACUUGAAAGGCGUCGUUGGCACAUAUUCUCACAACCGAUACGCUGCCAUGCUCAAUCCUGUUGCUGGAAAGAAGGCGGAGAAGUACUGCUUCAACAUGAAGCUCUUAUUCACUCAGGAACACGGCGAAUACUGCAUUCAAGAAGCUCGUGCUCGUUCUAUGGGUCUCCUCGGGAAGAAGUGGGGACCGCCGCCACCCUCAGAACUCACCCGACGUACCGAGAGUGAACAACGACCGGGACAACAAGGCACUGGGAAUAUCGCCAAAAUCAACUUCAACGAUGACGGAGCGAAGACGAGCAAGGGUUACACCUCGACAGGGAGGAAGAGUCUGUUGGGCGGUCCAGAGCCGACCGUUACCAUCAAUACGAAGGAAGCGUUGGCGGACGUGUAUGGGAUGUAUAACUCACCCACAAGGACGAUGAAAGGGCCAGGUAGCAAGCAUGCGCCUGUCAAGAAGGUCGAACCUAUAACCCCUAUGGCUUCCCUCGCCUCUCCUCCUCCAAGACCACAAGUCUCUGAUGAAAAUGCAAUAGCUCGCGCGAAGCCGCUACCUGCAUUCAAACCGUUUGUUGAUGAAAACGCGGACCGGAGAGAGACAUCGCCAAGUCUGGCCCCAGCUAAGUUCAAGCCCUUCGUCGACGCCGAGCCCACACCGAAGAAAACGACCUUGAACCCCAAUCCCAGUCGAAAGGCUCUCGCGGCUAAGGAUACCACUCCUGCCUCGGCUCUCAGAUCGAAAUCUCCCCCUACCGAUGCAGACGAGAACGCAUCUGCUAGCAAUUCGUCACUCCCCAAGGUCUUUAGCCCGGUGUCGUCGGCAGCUGUCUUCCAGAGCAUCCCAACGAAGUCGCUUCUCGGUGCGGUGUUCGUUGACUCACCAAAGCAGAACGACCGCGACCCACCAACGUCGUCUACCAGGGGUCAGAAGGGCGUGAAUGCCGAUAGGCUAGAGGAUGCAAAGGGUGCACCGUUCAAGCCGUUUGUGGACUCGAAGGCUCCAUCGACGGUUUUCAGUGUCCCCGAGCAUUCACGGGCACAACCAUCCCAGAAUGACAAUGCUGCUUCUGCACGAUCUGCAUUCAUGCCCUUCGUCGAUCCCGAGAACGCCCGUCCUUCAGGGUCCGCGCCCGCUCGCACUCCUCUCGCCACCCGCCAGCCUCUUCGCGCGUUCGCCCCUGUGCAACACCAUCAUAUUGAAGAGGAGCACGACGAGGACGAUUACGACGAUUCUUACGAGGAUUAUGAAGACGAACGGUAUCAUGAUCAGGAUGCAGAGAUGGGAGAUCCACGAUACGAGGAUCAGGACGUCGAGAUGCCUCAUACGCCACAGGAGGAGUACCGCGAAUUCGAUGACUACGAUGGCUACAAUCGUGAAGCGAACAUGGGCGGACGGUAUGGGCAGGUCGACCUUCUGACACCAAUAACGGAAAGGACGUUCGAGUUUACGACGACCAUGAGCCGAGCAUCUUUCAAUGACCUAGCCGGGUCUAUCGGGCCCGGUGGGGAGAAGGAUAAGGCCUUAUUGGAACAGGAGGCGGUGGAGGCAGCAGAAAGACUUGCGGCGGAGCUGAAGGAGCAGAGUCUGACCACCGCGAGCCCAGGCGAUUAUUCUGCAUCGCCACGAGGUGCAGCUGUUGAGGACAGUGGGAGCGGGAGUGAUCCGGAUGGGAUGGUGGUAGUUGAUGCAGAGGAUGCGGGAUUCUCGUCGUCUUCAUCUCCAAAACUCGUUACUUCUCGUGGUAGAAAGGAGAGCGCGGGCAUGGUGGCCGUUACAGAGUUCCUCGAGGAGAAGACUGGCCACUUGAGUCUUCAAGACUCUAUUGCCCUCGCUGCCUCGUUCCGACCGCCAAACCCUUGUAAUCCCUUCGACCCACCCAUCGUGUCGACGCUAUUGUCGCUCAUGCCGGACGACCCCGCGUAUUUCGACCUAAGAUCGCAGGAGGCCAAUUCACUGGAGGGUUUGCAGAAGUUUGCGAAGAAGCAGGGGCGGAAGAGCGGAGACGCACCUCAUUUCUUCCCUGUUCAUAUUGGCACCAAUCGUUUCAAAGUCUACUACAAACUCGGCGAGGGAGGUUUUGGCGCUGUGUUCGCUGCCAAGGACGUGACCUCCAAGAGUGACGUUUCCGACGAUGAGGAUGAGGACGAUGAGGAUGAUGAGGACGACGAAGACGAAGAUGGUGCCACACAUCGUGUGGCGCUUAAGGUUGUGAAGCCUCGCAAUCUUUGGGAAUUCCACAUUCUCCGAAAGAUUCACAAGAAUCUUCCAGCACAUCUUCGCUCGUCUAUCAUCCGCCCGCAUGCCCUCCACGCCUUCCGGGACGAGAGUUACCUCAUUUUGGACCUCUGUACCCAAGGCUCUCUCCUCGACGUGGUCAACCGCGCCGGUCAGGCAGGUAUCUCACAACAAGGAGCCUGCCUCGACGAACUCCUAGUGAUGUUCUUCACCAUCGAGCUCAUGCGUUUACUCGAAGGUCUCCACGAUGCAGGCUUCAUUCACGGCGACCUCAAGAUCGAUAAUUGCAUGCUUCGACUCGAGGACGUACCUGGCGGCGCGUCGGCAUGGUCUGCUACUUACUCGCCAAUAGGUGAAGGAGGGUGGGCCAGCAAGGGAAUCAAGCUGAUCGACUUCGGACGGACGAUCGACACACACCCAUUCCCUAAUGGUCAAACAUUCAUCGCAGAAUGGCCCACCGACGCUCGAGACUGUUUUGAGAUGAGGGAGGAUCAGCCAUGGACGUACCAGGCAGACUACUUCGGCCUCGCGGGCAUUAUCUACUGCAUGCUCUACGGCAAGUACAUCGAGGCCUCUUCCGUUGCGCUCGUCUCAGGAGCAGACGAGCCGCCACGCCACAAAAUCGCGACGCCUUUCAAGAGGUAUUGGCAGUCGGACUUGUGGAUGAAGCUGUUCGACGUUCUGUUGAACCCUUGUCUUGUGAAGGAGGGGAAGUUACCGGUCUCGGGAGAGCUGAGGGAUCUCAGGGCGGAGAUGGAAGGGUGGUUGCAGGCGAAUUGCGGUCGGAGCAGUGGAACGUUGAAAGGGCUGCUGAAGAAGGUCGAACUUUCUGUUAUGAGAGCUGAUUGA